AGCCGGACCCUGCUCUCGUGCUGCUCGCCUUUAUUUUGGUUUCGCAUUACAAGUUUUGCCACAGGUGCUAGCUGUUUUUAGCAUUUAGCAUUUUAGCAAGAUGACAGCUUUUAAUCGACGCAAACGACAUUUUCUCCCACAUUAACACGCCACAUUUGAUUUUUAUCAAACGCUUCGUUUUCGUGUUGCAAAAGAAAAGCAGGAAAUUGAAGCAGAUUAGUUAAAUGCGUCAUCUCGGAAAAUGCAGUUAUCUGUCCCCACCCGUAUUCAGACAAGUCCUUCAUACCCUGCAAGGAUUGGCUACGCCUUCAUCCAAACAGUCCUUUGAUUGGUCAGUUUUACAUCCACAGUUAAAGCAGGCGCGAUACUACUGGCUAAUCAAGUCGUAGGAGGCGGGACUUGUCGGAGCAUGGUUUAAUGGAAGACUUUAGAAACACAGAAGACGAUCAGAGUACUGCAGUUCCUCACAAGGACAUCAAACAGAUAGUUAAAGAGUCCACCACACCUGUCCCCUUAAACUGUGUGACGCUGCGCUCCAGUUCCACUCCAUCCUUGUCCCCUUAUCCUGCUCCUGGGGGACCUGCAGCGCUCCCUGCAGGUGAGGAUAAUGCAAAGCAAACCACUGUGGCCAAUGGACAGGUCUCUUCUGCAUUGUCUCUGUGGCACAUGUCACGUGAAGUGCCACCUCGUUUCCGUAACCAUCAGGAGCCUAAAAUCUUGCUGAAGAGAGGCCAGUCUCUAGAUGGAAUUUCACCAUUCCUCCACACAGGGGAUCAGUCGAAUGCUAACACUACACAACGCUCAGCUUCUUCAACUUAUGCAAAUUCCACAUGCGGCCCGGGCUCUGGAGCACCGCUGCUAUCUCAGGGAAUGGAUAAUAUUGUAGUGGACGGUUCUGACCUGCAGGCAUGGCCCAGUAUUGUGGACAGCAGGUGGCAGAAUGAGUCCCUAAACAAAGCUUCAUGGGAAUGCAAUCAAGGCAUUCAAAAAAAGCAGACAGAUCAGGUCGAGCUUGAUGUCACUGCAGAUGUGAGGAACUCAAUCUCCGCUUCCCCCUGUGAAACUGACUCAGAUCCAGCAGAUGCAGAAGACAUGCAGCAAAAGAUACAAAGCCAGGAUGGAGGUCAAUGUGAGGACAACAGGAUGGAAAAAGAAAUGGGACCAAAAAAAGGAGAUGCUGAUAUUGCUGAUGACUGCAAAGGGUUAAAUGAGGCAGUGCAGCUUCCUUCUUUCAGUUCAAAUAUAAAAGCCUUAAUUCCUGGUACAUGUCAUAGUAGGACAAGUGGAGAACUUCUGGAGUCUGGAGAAAUAUGGGGAACAUCUGGGGAAAGCCAAGUGGGAUUGAAAAGCACUGGAAAUAACGGGGUCAGCCGUGAGGUAUCUCAGACAGUCUGGGAUGAAGAAAGAGCUGGUUUAAAAAAUCAGGCAGCUACAGGUAGGCUGAGUGACCUGCCCAAAGGAGGUAUGAGUGGACAAGUGAACGAAAGCCCUAAAGAUUGUUUACAGGACACUCAAAUUAUUGCAACCAAUACAACAACAACAGAUAGUGAGACAGGGAUGAGUGAGAGAGGACAGGAGGGGUCAGAGUGUGAGUCUGCUGGCCACGGAAGCGGCGAAGGUGGAACUUGUUCUCACAACAGCUCUAGAGCUCAAUCCUCAUGUACUGAAGUGACCUUACAGAGCAUGCUCAGUCGAAGUGAUCUGGAUCCCAGAGUACUUUGUAACACUGGUUGGGGGCAAACUCAGAUCAAGCAGAGCACAGCCUGGGAUUUGGAGGUGGACAGUAGCUCUGAAUCAGGUCGAGACUGGACUGAGCAUGCACAGAUUGAUAUAAACAGCCCCGGCUGUCCUCAGUGGGCCAGGGAUUUGCAGGGCCAGGAAAAGGGGGGCAGAAACCAGGGGAUUGGGAGGAAAGGGGAGCAGAGUGAGGAGAAAAUAGAUAGUAAACAGGGUGCCUUACUAACAGGGAGAGGCAACAGCUGGGUGGAGGAGGUUGAGGAUGAACAGGUAGGAAGGUGGGAUGGGAAUAGGAGAGAUGGUGCCCAGCAGAGAGAAGGGGACAGGGGCAGUUGGGGCCUAGGAGACACUCAGUGGGGGGAAAACAAAGGUAGAGCUGCACAAAGUGAGAAGUCAUGGGCUAAUUCUGAGGAUGAGGGAUGGAGAUGCAAGCAGCACCAGGGAUGGGGGAACAACCGCCACCCGCAACAUAACAUAAACAACCAAGCCACCCAGAAAGGCCCACAUCAGCAGCAACUACAGCAAUCCCAGUCCCAGCUUACUCAACCAAGAGGCUCACAGGAGUCCAGGGAUCUACCCUCAGGCCCAGUGGCAUUGAACCAAAGCUCAGGAUGGAAGCCCGGUCCCAUCCCGCACAUGUCUUCGGCAAUUGAGCCAAGUGGUUGGGAGGACCCCUCACCCCAGUCCAUUAGCAGGAAGAUGGAGAUUGAUGAUGGUACAUCAGCAUGGGGUGACCCUGCUCACUAUGACAAGAGGUGUGUCAACAUGUGGGACAAGAGCAACCUGCAGCAGAGGGGUCAGCCUUCUCAACAACAGCCAGAGCCCAUGCCAGAAACCACCCUGACCAGCAGAGACAAAAACACAGCAUGGGAACAGGGCACUGGUGCUUCUGAACAGGUCAUGGACGACAGCACGGCAGGCUGGGGGAAGGCCUUUGAUGCUCCCUCAGGCUGGAAGGAUCCAGAGGAACCUAGAAAAGGGACAGGAUGGAGUGGUUCCUGCUCCACUUCAGCCAAGACUGGUUCAAAAACUAUGCAAGAUGGCUGGGGCGAAGAAGGUAUAAACACUUCACGCCAUUCCAGCUGGGAGGAGGAGGAUAGUGGUUCAGGCAUGUGGGGCAACAGGCCUCAGGACAACACUUCCUCCUUUUCUUCUGGGGUUUGGAACCAAGGUCAGGGUGGCAGGAGAACCGGAGCAAAGGGUUCUCUGAAAGGAAAUGUUGGGGGUUCCUGGACAGGUUCAGUAACUCGGCAGUUGUCUAACAUGGGGAUCUCGGACGAAGACGCUAUCUCAGCAUCAGAUAGGAGCAGGAGAGGGAUGAAUGACUUCAAUGGGGAGAUGAGGAGGGGAGGAAGAGGAGGAGGAAGCUUUCGCUCACACAGCUCCAAGGAACCUGGCAUGCCAGAUGUGUUUAAUACCAGUGGGGCUGGACAUUUAAGAGGAAUGCAGCAGCCGGGUGUGCAUCACAUCAAUCCUUCCGCUGGAGUACGAGCACAAGUGCCUCAGCCCUUCCUCCCGCCUCAGGUUUCAGGGUCGGUUCUGAACCCGAUGUUCCCCCCACAGCUCUCCCCUCAGCACUUAGCCAUGCUCAGUGGGAUACACCCCCAUGUGCAGCAGGUCCAGCUGGCGUAUCAGCUCCUUAUGCAGCAGCAGCAACAGCAGCAGCAUUUCCUGUCUCACAGGAAGUUCUCCCAUCCUCCUCCUUUGCUUCAGCACCAGGACCCCCAGCAGUUGGCCCGUAUCAUGGCAGUUCUUCAGCAGCGCCCCAAAACCCCCACAUCUUUCCCAGGUCUCUUACCAGGUCCAGUGAAACUCAGAGGCGACUCCUCAUAUCCCCACUAUGAUCUGGUGGGAGUGGAUAAUAUGGGUGUGGCCUCCCCAAAUCUGAUAGACAGUUGGCAUCGAAACCCUGGUGGCAAACUAAGCUCCACCCCUAGCACCCCCACCUGGCCACCAGAGUUUCAGCCUGGUGUUCCCUGGAAAGGUGUUCAGAGCCCUGAGCCUGACCCCAACCCCUACAGUGGAAUGCUGGGGGAGAACACACUCACUGAUACUGAUCACCACUUACUGCAGGAUAACACUGUGUCUCUGUCAGAGAUGAACACCGUACUGCCUUCACCUGGUGCCUGGCCUUACUGUGCCUCUGAAACACACAGUUCAGCUAAAUUCCCUGCGCUGGCUACUAGCUGGCCCCCGGAGCCAAUCGGACACAGGACCAAUCGAAACAGCUCCCAGCUGCCCCGCCCCCCUCCAGGCCUGACCCAUCAGAAACAAUCUCCGUGGCUAGGGGUGGAGCCUCACAUGCCGAGGGGGUGGGGCUCAGAGAGGCAGAGCCAGGAGUCACCCUUUGGUACAGAGAGCUCAUGGAGUGGUGGAUCAUCUACAGGAAGUCCAUGGCUACUGCUGAGCAACCUCACACCACAGAUUGAUAGCUCCACUCUGAAGACAAUUUGCCUGCAGCACGGUCCACUGAUGACCUUUAACCUCGGCCUGGCUCAGGGCAGCGCUCUGAUUCGCUACUGCAGUCCUGAGGAGGCAGCCAAGGCCCAGAGCGCACUUCACAUGUGUGUCCUGGGGAACACCACCAUCUUGGCGGAGUUUGUGAGCGAGGAGGAUGUGGCUCGUUACUUCACACAUUCCCCGAGCAGAGAGACAGAUGGAGAGACAGACAGAGAGACUGAGAGCGAGACAGGAGGAGGAGGGGCGACGAAGCUCGGCUGGGAGAACCUGGACGGAGCGGGACUCUCUCUGUUUAACCGGUGGAGCCACGGCCGAGGGGGCGGGAUGUGGGGUGGGGUGCCGUCUGGUUACCAUGGCAACAACAACCUGUGGGGUUCUCCUCAGGUUGAGGACAGAGAGCCUGGCUUGUUGCUGGGCAACCUGUUAGGAGGUGGGGCUGACACUUUGUGAUGUGUGAGAGCUGAGUGAUCAUUUACACACACACACACACACAAACACACACACACACACACACUUGUGUAUGAAGACUGGACUUGGUUUUCUCCAUGUUCACACAGACAGUGAUUUUAUCUCCUCACAUCAUCUGAGUUGUGGUUCUUUAUUCUCCAGUCUGAGUUCCUGAAGGUUUUACUGAGAAAUCUCAGACAUCAUGCAGAUUCACACUGAAGGAACAGAGCGAGAGGACGAGAUGAUAAACACCAAAAACAGAAAUAUUUAAAGGAGAGUUUCAUCUCUGACAAACAUUACAGAUUUUAAGCAGCAGUCAGAAGUCUCCUGAAAAUAUCACUCUUACUAUAAAAAAGCAGUAAAACUGAAUUUCUACACAGAAAACUUCUUCAACAAAACUGUUUAUUAAUGAAGAGCUUAAAAAGAUUAGACAUGAUCUCCAUUCUCCUCAGAACCGGUCAGAACUGAGCCUGGAUGAUGCUGAGGUCACACCAACGUCCAUACUGUAAUUCACAGGAAAUGUUUAUUAAAUCACAUAAAACCUCCAAAAGGUAAAGGACAUCUGCUGCUCCUGACCUCACCUUCUCCACUCCAUCUUCUCUCAUGGUUUAGAUUUCUGUAGAAGUAUUGAUCUGUUCAGGAGUGCUGAUGGUGAGACUGUGGGAGGUUCGGCUCAUGGAGGAGAAGGUUCAACACGUCUGCUGUGAUGCAGUGUCAGAGCUCUAGCUCUAGGAAACACACCAGAAGUCUGGAAGAUCAAGAUCCUUAUUUCAGGAGAACUUCAGUGUGCUGUGAACUGCCUUUCCUUUCCAUCCUCAGUCUAGUGAUGAGGAAUAUUAAUCACUAUUAAACCUGCAGCUCAUCUCCUCCAUGGUUUCUGGACAGAGCUCUUCUCCAGGGCAGAUUUAUACAGCAGAGCAGUGGGAGGGUUAAGGGCCCUGCUCAAGGGCCCAGCAGAGGCAGUACACUGGUCCUGGGAUUUGAACCCAUGACCUUCAGAUCAGUAGCCCAACCCCCUCUACAGCUCCACACCACUCCCUUCAUUUAUUCACUCCCUUCAUUUAUCCUCACACUGCUUUAUACCAGGUUAGCCCCGCCCACUGCACAUCAUCACUCUGAUUAGUUUACACUGACUCCACCCCCUGAAGGUGAUCAUCAUCAGCCUGACUAGUAGUUGUGAUCAGGGUGUGUGUGUGUGUGUGUGUGUGUGUGUGUGUGUGUGUGUGUGUGUGUGUGUGUGUGUGUGUGUGUGUGUGUGUGUGUGUGUGUGUGUGAGUGUGUAUAUAGUUUCAUUUGCAUGUGUGCACUUUACUGUUUGUGUAGCUGCUUUGCGAGAGUGUGUUGUGACUUGUUUGAUCUUUGUACUCUACACACUGCUGUUUUCUGCUAUGUGCUCUGUGUGUGUGUGUGUGAGUGUGUGUGUGUGUGUGUGUGUGUGUGUGUUUAGUGUACAUUCAUGUAGCCUUUUUUUAAUCUGCAAUAAGAGCAUUUUAAAUCCACGACUGUGUGACUGCAUUUUCUGUGGUUUAAACAGAGGUGAUGUAAUUGUUUAUGUAUAUCAGUGUGUGUGUGAGUGUGCGUGUGUGUGUGUGUAUGUGUGUGUAUGUGUGUGUAUGUGUGUAUGUGUGUGUGAGUGUGUGUGUGUGUGUGUGUAAUAUACAGUGUGUAUCCUGUAUGGAGUUUUUACAGAAGAGUUAUUUAAUAAUAGACACAUACAGCAGUGUAAUAAACACUGAGACUUCUGCUUGAA